AUGCCGGAUGACAACGACAUUAUCGUCCUUGAUUCUGAUGAGGAAUCAGAGAGCAAGUGCUCUGUCAACAAAGCUCCUUCAAACAGUACAACUCCUAAUGCGCGUGAUAAAAAGAUCAAAGGCGGAAAGAAAUCGGCGGCGAAGAAUAACUGGGACUUCCUUAUGAAACCAUCCACAUCAAGUGGUAAAUCCAGCAAAAAGUCAACUUCUCCGUCUGAAGCGACUAGCGAGAAUGGAUCCACCUCGAAGGAUGAAUCUCAGAAAGCGGAUAGAGUGGCUCCAAACACUGGUGUCAAAAUCAUGAAACUGUCGGAGUUGGAAACGGAACGUAACCGUGCCUUACAUGAGGUUUUUGGACAUAAAAAGUUCAAGAGUUCGCUUCAGAAGAAAGCAAUCAAUUGCAUCCUGCUGAGGAGAACUGACGUGUAUGUUUCUUUACCAACGGGCGCAGGAAAGUCGCUGUGUUAUCAGCUCCCUGCUGUCGUUCAUAUGGGUAUUACUGUGGUCGUUUCUCCACUGAUUGCUUUGAUUACAGAUCAGGUCGCAGCGCUACGGGCAAAGGGAGUUCCUAGUGAAUCGUUGAAUUCGAAAUUGACUGCUGCUGAGAGAAAUCGCAUAAUAGAGGACCUCCGCCAUAAUGUCCCUACUGUCAAGCUGCUUUACAUUACUCCUGAAGCUGCUGCAACAGACAAUAUGAGAAGAAUUCUGAGCUCGCUUCACAAGCGCAAUCUACUCAGCUAUUUCGUGGUUGAUGAGGCACAUUGUGUUACGCAUUGGGGUCACGAUUUCCGCCCUGACUACCUGAAGCUCGGUGCCCUCAAGGAUGUCUGCCCUAACGUCCCUUGGAUUGCUCUUACGGCCACUGCAAAUACAAAAGCUCAGGAGGAUAUCGUUGCGCAGUUGAAGCUGGAAAAUGUCCAAUCAUUCAAAGCUUCCACAUUCCGUGGUAAUUUGUAUUAUGAUGUACACAUGACAGAUCAUCUUAAUAUGCCGCCUGAGCGCCACUUGGCAGAGUUCAUCCUCCGGUGUUUGAAAGUCCCGAAAGAGAAGUCAUCUGAUGUGUUGAAAAUGGAGAAAGGAUCUCGCAAACAGGUCGAGCGAUUACGUGAUGAUGUCCAGAGCAAGUGGAUGAAGAACGAAGUUCCUGUGAUAUCGGCCACGAUCGCGUUCGGAAUGGGUAUUGAUAAACCAGAUGUGAGAUUUGUUGUCCAUUGGACAUGUCCGCAAAACCUGGCCGCCUACUACCAGGAAUCUGGAAGAGCUGGACGUGAUGGUCAAAGAAGUUACUGUCGCAUAUAUUAUAGCCAAGCUGACAAGGAGUUUCUUCAUUUUCUAGUCAGAAGAGAUCUGGCUUUACUGAAGGCAAAGAAAAUAUCGGAGAUUGCUAAAAAGCAACAAGCAACGGCAAUACAACAUGGGUUAGAGAAAAUGGUCGAUUAUGCAGAAAUGGCCCAGUGUCGCCAUGUGUGUUUUGCAAAGUAUUUUGGAGAAACCGACUUGCCUCCAUGUCGAAAUCAUUGUGAUUUUUGCAAGGAUCCUUAUGGUACAAUCGCUAGAGCGUCCCAGUUCCAGGCUGCUUGCUCUUCCACCAAAAUGAUGAAAGCGUCCAAGGGAGACUUUGAAAGCGGAGAGCUCUACGGUGGAGGCAAACGGGGUCACGAUGAUGGCGACUAUGAAUGCAACAGUGGGGAUGCUUGGGAAAGACUCGAGAAAGAAGAAGCGUCAAGGUCGCGCGACAUUGUCCAAAGCGAGUUUGCAAAGCGCCGGAAGGUUGAGAGAUCAAAGGAACCGGAACUGAAAGAGGUAUAUAUCCCCAGCACAGAGUACCCGAUUAAGGAACCGAAGGCGAAAACUAUUCCGAACCUCGCUCCUCAGCGACGAGAAGAAAUGGUCCGUCUCAUAAGUCAAGCACUGGACGCGAAUUGGUUGUUGUUCGAACGCCCAUGUGAAGCAAUAGAGGCGGCCUCUUCGUUGGAAUGGACAAUCUAUAGAAAUGCAAAGACGUUGACGACUUACCAACAUAAAACCGUUGCUAAGGUCACUGAAAUCAAGAAACUAACAAAGGAAUGUGAGCAAUAUGUAUUUGAACGUGAACCAACGGCAUCGUCAUCAACAUCGUUUGUUUCGGCUAUCACCAUGGUGAAUUCGUAG